AUGGCCAUCUGCUGGGGCCAUCGAGUUUUCAGAUGUCGUUGCAAGACACUCGGCAUCACUCCCUCCCGUUCUAGCUGGUAUCUCAAUGACCGAGCUAGAGAGAAGAUUGCUAUUUGCAGCCCAUCCGGUAGCGGAAAGACGACCCAUAUCCUCGCCCUCCUUGGCAUGGUCCAAUUCGAAGAAGGCACAAUCUGUCUCGAUGGACUCGACUUGUCCGAGCACGCCCGAGCUGGAACCAGAACUAAACUGAAUGUUAAUACACAAGACCCCUUCUUGGUCGCCGGGACGAUUCGCUUCAAUGUCGAUCGCCUCGAGGGAACAUCGGAUGAUGAGGUUACUAGCGUUCUACAAAAGGUGCACCUAUGGGGGAAGAUUGAAAAGGAGUUUGGACUUGACAUGACCAUGAAACUCACUACUGGGUCUCAGGGCCAGAAGCAGCUCCUCUGCCUCGCUCAUGCAACGGUUCGAAAAAGAAAGGUACUAAUCCUUGAUGAAGCGACAAACUGUGUUUUCUCAUUGAACGGAAUAUUUACACUGAACACUAACAAAUCAUUUUCGCAGUGUUGA